AAAUGGGAUAUGGAAUUCCUUGGAAAUACAAUCUGGAAUAAUUGUGUUUGACUGGAACCAAAUCUUUGAAGUCCUCAAGGAGCCUGCCUCCGAGGGAGUCCUCACGGCCUGUCCCGCUCUGUCCCCAGGAUGAGAGUCUGUGUGGGGUCUCUGCUGCUGCCGCACCGGCUCUUCCUGGCCUACGUGUUGAUGGUGUGCUGCAGGCUGCUGUCCGCCUCGAGCCAGCACCUCCGGGGACAUGUGGGCCACCAUCAGAUCAAGCAAGGGACCUGUGAGGUGGUCGCUGUGCACAGAUGCUGCAAUAAGAACCGUAUUGAAGAACGGUCCCAAACGGUCAAGUGUUCCUGCUUCCCAGGGCAGGUGGCUGGCACAACUCGGGCACAGCCAUCUUGUGUUGAAGCCUCCAUCGUGGCUCAGAAGUGGUGGUGCCACAUGGAUCCCUGCUUGGAAGGAGAAGACUGUAAAGUGCUGCCCGACAACUCAGGUUGGUCCUGUAGCAGUGGCAAUAAAGUCAAAACUACAAAGGUCACACGGUAGCAAAGAGCAAGGAGCAUCUCCUCUCUGGAGGGCUGCGGGCUGCAGAGCGAGCUCUCUCCUGUGGAUUCAGCCAUUUCUCAAGGACUGGUCUUGGAGUUUGGGACCAUCGCAUUUGCACAUGUGCACUGAGAGAAGGGGCCGUCAGUCAGUCGACGACUUGGGCCUCUCUGCUUCGUGAUUUCAUGACACUGAAUUGUAACCACAGGCUGGCAUCUCCUCUGGAUUCCCAAACAACAUGCAGCCUCCAAGAAGGGACGAGCUGGAGAUUCCAGAACAGAUCCUGACUUCAGAGAUGCUUGGUCUUUGAUGUCCUUCGGCCUUUUCAAAGAAACGUGGGCACAGGUUGAAAAAGGUUCUCGUUCUGUUCCUUGUCUGAACUUUUCCUUUGGCCGUGGUGUUUGUUGUGAGGAGUCUGCACGAGGAAUGCUGUUAGCAGGUGUGGAUUCGGAAAGUCUAAUUGACGGCUGAGGAAGAGUCUACAAACCUGGAAGAAUAGACGGACUCGCUGGGAAUGCAGCUGUCCUAUUGAUCUUGAAAUUGAAGCGUUAUUUUAACUUUCAUUGUCGGCAUAGCAGAAAUACGGCGGGACCAUUUUACUGAGUGUUAAGAAAGUAUUUCAAUUCCAAUAUAACCAAAGUCCUCACUUAAGAUAUGACAAAAAUCUUGGGAUUUUUUUUUUAGUUCCUCUCUCAUCAUGUAAAUAAAGUAUAAACCAGUCUCUAUUUAGAGCAAGGGUGAUCUCUUAGAUCCAGUUUACACCAAUGAUAUUAAACUCUGUAGACAGGUGGCCUAAGACGCUAAGUUUUCAGGCUUUUCCUGAUCUUCACGAGCGCUUUUCCAACUUAUUUUCUAGACAUCUUAUUUCUACAACGUGAAUAAAAUUUGGAGUCACAUUUUUCUUGGUUUAAUGACUUUGCCUAAGUCAUGGCUCUACGUACCCUAAGAUGCUCUCUGCAGCCACAUCUUACAGCUGAAGAGCUACUGACCCAGGUUUAAAUGCGUAAUGUUCUUUCAAAUACAUAUUACUGUAAGGAUAGCCUGGAUUUAUAUACAUGAAAGCAAUGACCCAAACAGCAAUUUCAGUUUUUCUUUGGUUUUCUCCAUAAUUUGAAAUUGAGAUCAAUACAAUGACAUAAUAUUGUUUGGUUAUGAGUUAACUCUCUUGAGUUUUAUUCUUGCUGGAGGAUGGGAGUAGGUGGUGUCCAUCUCUUUGCUAAAUUUUGUUAAUUUGAUUGACUGCUUUAUGGUGUUGUUCCUCUCUUGUUAAUAAGUAAAACAAUCUUCCUGCUGA